AUGGGAAUCAAAGUUUGUAAUUUUUUUUCACUUUUUUUUUUUUUGUUACCAUUUUCAGAUACUCUCACAUAUGGCCAAGUAAAUGUUGAACCGAACACUGCAUUGCUCAAUCAAGGUGAUCCAACGGAGUUGCUCUGUCGCUAUGGACGUUCGAUUAAUUAUUGUCGAUUCGAAAUACCAGGCGAGAAAGUGCUCAAUUUAUCGCCCGAAUGGAUAAAAUCCGACAAUUUCAGAUAUUAUGGCGGUGGCUUAGCAUCUGGUCAAUGUGGUGUCAGCAUUAAGAGCGUUAAAGCCAUCAAUAAUGGACAAGUAAAAUGCAGUUUGGGAGUGGAAGGUGAAGAGCUGACAGGCACAAUUGAUUUGGUAGUUGCAUUGCGUCCCAAGCAACCAAUAAUUACAGUUUUGGAAAAACCAGAUCGCGGCUAUUUUACUGAGGGUUCCUUAUUUGUUGCACGUUGCGUUGUACGUGAUGGACGUCCAGCCGCAAAUAUUUCUUGGUUCUUUGACAAUUAUCCAGCUCAAGGACGCGUUGGACAGUUAAAUGUUGUUGCGUCAAAUGAUAGUCAAAAUGUUCAACUUUUUAAUACUGAACAAGAUAUUCAAUGGCAUCUUGGACCAGAGGACAAUGGACGUAUGUUGACCUGCCGCUCACAUCAUCAAACCGAUCGUGAAAGUUUGCAACCACAAGAAAGCUCUGUGCAAAUAUUUGUUAGAUUUGCUCCCGUAAAACAGCAGGAGGCUCUUGUAUAUGGACUUUACUUGGAACAUACAGCCAUUGUUAACAUGACCGUACAUGCCAAUCCUGCACCAGUCGUACAAUGGACUGUUGAUGGACAUGUUAUUAACCAGGGUGAACAAUGGGAUCGUUUUUCUGUAUAUGAACCACAGCCAUUAGGACAGGACUACUACAAUGUAACAAUGGCCAUUGCUGGUCUCACACUUGAGGAUACUACAAAAAUCUACGAGAUGUCAGCAACAAACGCAUUGGGCUCUGCCGACUAUCAAAUACGUAUAAGCUCAUCCAAUAAGCCACCAACUGCAGGACUCGAUAUUGGCGCUAUUGUCGGCAUUGUCGUUGCUGUUGCUGUACUCAUUAUAAUUGUAUUAUUGAUUGUAUUCGCACGAGCAACUGGCAGAUGGUGUUUCGGAGGUAAUUUCUAAA